AUGCGGACAGCCGUGGCAACAGAGCAUUCGCACGGCCUGGCUGACGUGUCAAAGCGCUGCGCCCUGCCCUCCCAAAUCCUUGAAGAGUGGUCUUCCAACACGACAGAGUACAACAUCUUCAACGAUGUCAUCCACAAUCGCGCAGUGCAGGUCUUCUUCUGCACUGUGUACAUUGGUAUCUUCGUGCUGGGCCUCUUCGGUAACGUGCUGGUGUGCUAUGUGGUGGGCCGCAACCGUGCCAUGCAGACGGUGACCAACCUUUUCAUCAGCAAUCUCGCCCUCUCCGACAUUCUGUUGUGCAUGCUGUGCGUGCCCUUCACGCCACUCUACACCUUUCUCGGCACCUGGGUAUUCGGCGGCACCUUGUGCCACGUCGUGGCCUUCGCCCAGGGGACCAGCGUCUACAUUUCGACGCUGACCCUCACAUCGAUCGCCGUGGACCGCUUCUUCGUCAUCGUGUACCCGUUCAAGCCGCGGAUGAGGCUAUCGACAUGUGUGGCCAUCAUCUGCAGCAUAUGGCUGUUCUCGCUGGUGGUGACGCUGCCCUACGGCGUCUACACGGUGCUACGCUCGGACCGGCGCGCCUACUACUGCGAGGAGCACUGGCCGUCGGAGCGCGUGCGCCAGGCGUACGGCGGGCUCACGGCCAGCCUGCAGUUCGUGCUGCCCUUCUUCGUGGUGACCUUUUGCUACGUGAACGUGUCGCUCAAGCUGAGGGACCGCGCGAGAGCCAAGCCCGGCAGCAAGAACUCGCGACGAGAAGAGGCCGACCGCGAUCGCAAGCGGCGCACCAAUCGCAUGCUCAUCGCCAUGGUGACCAUCUUCGGCAUCUCUUGGAUGCCGCUGACGAUCGUGAAUCUGACGAACGACGUGUACAUGUCGACUGGCCGCUGGGAGUACUUCAAUCUUUGCUUCUUCUUGGUGCACGCUAUCGCCAUGAGCUCCACUUGCUACAACCCGUUCCUGUACGCAUGGCUCAAUGAGAACUUCCGGAAGGAGUUCAAGCAGGUGCUGCCCUGCUUCGAGCAGUCGGCGAUGGCUGCCGCGCAACACGACCGUAGCAACCGGUGCGGGGACGUUGGAGGCGGCUGGAAGGAGCAGCGUGCGUGCAACGGGCACGACGCUCUUGAGACGCUGCUGACGAAGACGACGCCGCACUGCCGCCUCGAUUCGAUGCGGCCUCGGUCGGCGGGGCCCGUCCUCGAAGAAUUCACGGAUCCUGUCUCCACUGGUGCUGAGGCAGCCUCGUACAACGCUGGUGUUAAUGAAGUGCACCUCUAUCUUGGCUGCACUCAUAAGGAGGACGAUGUUCUCUGCAGCCCUGUCUUCGACUCGCUGUAG